UGUAUCUCGAUUCCAAUUUCGCGCCUACGACCUUCGCUUUCAGCAUCCCUGUCCGUGCUGUAUCGUUCCGAAUACAAAUCACCAUAUCUGCUGCGUCCACGUCUGCAAUUACAGAUUGGGCGGACCGAGGUGCAAUCAAUUACGCACCAGUCAGAGUGCGGAUUGAGGCCUACCGCACGUUGCACACGAGGUACAAAGGGCUCUUACACUCUCCGACUCGCGACCCACUUCGUGACUCUGCAGUAGCGACUGUUCAGGCGUAAAGCGGACGCAGCCUUUCUGCGGCUCCCAGCAGACCGACUCGCUUCUGUGCAGUCACCAUCAUAUCGCACACCAUUCUACCUCAACAGGAACCAGCGAUACGCCAAGCACACCCACCAAUCUCUCGCUAGAUCUUGCCCGCAAAUAUGUCGUCGUCGACGCUUAAGCCUUAUCAAAACUCCUACCUCUCCCUCUCCCUCUCUCGCAACAUCCUCCGUUUCGACGGACCAUUCACCUUGAAAUCAGGAAGAAAAUCGCCUUACUUUUUCAAUGCUGGAUUGUUUUGCGAUGGAGAGAGUAUCGCUCAGAUUGCGAAUUGUUAUGCUCAGAUGAUCAAGGACUCGGGUUUGGAGGUGGAUGUGAUUCUGGGACCUGCUUACAAGGGAAUCCCUUUGGCUGCUACAGUGACACAAGCAUUGUACGAAAAGCAUAACAUUCGCGUAGGAUUCGCCUACAAUCGCAAAGAAGUCAAAGCUCACGGCGAAGGAGGAAUCCUAGUGGGCGCACCGCUCAAAGGAAACGUUUUGAUCAUCGACGACGUCAUGACGGCAGGCACUGCUAUUGGAGAGGCGAUCAAGUUCAUCGAAGGAGCGGGCAAAGAGGCCAACUUGGUCGGAAUUGCUAUUGCGCUAGAUAGACAGGAGAGAGCGACGGAAGAGACGGACUUGAGCACGGCUACGGCCGUCAGUAACAAGUAUCAGGUUCCCGUACUGAGCGUGGUGAAUGUGGAGGAUAUCAUGAAGUACCUGGCUAACGAAGGGGGAUGGGAUCAGCAAAUUGAAGCGAUGAAGGAGUACAGGCUCAAGUUCUUUGGAAAGUAGGCAAGGACACAUGUAGAAGACAGUCGGGUCUCACCGAUGUCAGCGCAGGGAGGGAUCGUGUAUGCGCCUAAUUCGACACCUCGACAAGUCGGUGCGGAGAGAACAAGCGAAGCCCUGACCAAAGCUCAUUCGUGUGGUGUAUGCUUUCGACGAGCGGCCACGCAUUUGCCAGAUACUGGCGUCUUACCUUGCAUCCACACCGCACCGCACCUGUUCCUCACUCGUGACUCGUGCCAAUUUGACCCAAAAAGAUCACGCACCUCGCCCCGCUCUGCACGCGAUCCCUAUCCUCUUCAUCCGUCACCUCACUUCAAUUGGGGACCAAGAAACGAACAUGAAACUGUCAAAAAUCCUUUUGAUGUCUGAUGGGAGGAAGCGGUGGAGGAGCGGGGAAGGAGAAAAGCCAAGAGUCUAAUGUACACUCACACUAUAGCCAAACAAGCUGAUGACUGUAGACAGG